AUGCUGAGACGACAUAAUAUGGGUCCAUUUUGGUUUGCAAUAUUUUUUCAAUUGAUAUACGUAGAAGUGCGGUCAUAUGAGACAAAAACAGUUAAACUUAAUCCACAUCCAACUCCUGAUCAACUAGCUUGGUUAGAACAAUCAGAUAUUGGCUUUUUGAUUCAUUAUAAUAUGGCAACAUUCAUACCAGUUGAAUAUGAUGGUUGUAAUCGUGUGCCAUCAUUAGUGCCUGAUAUCGAUCUAUUUUAUCCUGAUACAGUGGAUACAGAUAAUUGGGCAAAGACAUUUAUGGAUGUUGGUGCUAAAUAUGCUAUAUUAGUAGCUAAACAUAACUGUGGUUUUACAACAUGGCCAACACAAGUUACAUUUCAAUUAACAACAAAUGAAACAAUACUUUAUAAUUACUCUAUUUUGUAUAGUCCAACAUCGGAUACAGAUCUUGUUAGUAGAUUUAUGGAUUCUUGUCAACAAGCUGGAAUCAAAACUGGAUUGUAUUAUUCAAUUAUAUGGAAUAAUUGGUUGAAUGUACAAGAUGCUCGUGUUCAACCUGGACCACUAGCACCUGGUCAAAUACCAAUUACUCAAGCAACAUAUGAAUCCAUCGUUCUACAACAAUUAGAAGAAAUAUGGUCGAACUAUGGACCUUUAUUGGAAAUAUGGUUUGAUGGUGGUUAUCCACAGUCGUUAAAAAGUGGAAUAUUAGCUUUACUCAAAAAGUAUCAAGCAACCGCAUCAGUUUUUAAUGGAUUUGGCCUAACGAAUAAUAGUAUCCGCAAUACUGGUAAUGAAUUCGGCUACACUCAUGAAGAUACAUGGCUGACGGUCAAUGAUCAUGCCCAAGAAGAUGCUAAUGGAGACCAUUUUUCACCACCUGAAUGUCCCACAACUUUACAAGUUAGUGAUCGAUGGUUCUAUGGUGGUGCUGAUUUUCCCAUUCGACCAUUGAAUGAAUUAAUUGAUUCUUAUCAUACAACUGUCGGUCGCAGUUGUAAAUUAGUAUUAGACUUAGCUGUCAGUCGAACUGGUCUAGUUGACCCUAAACAUGCUAGCAGAUAUAAAGAAUUCGGUGAUUUUAUUCGAAGCUGUUAUGGAAAGCCAUUAUCCGGUCAAUUUAAUUGUUCAAGUACUAGCUGUAUCUUACAAUUUCCAUCAACUCAAUUAGCUGAUCGUGUCGUCAUUCGUGAAGACUUGAGAAGUGUACCUGGUGCUAGUAUUCGUCAAUGGUCUCUUGACGGAUAUAUGAUGUGGGGAGAUUGUUUAGGUUGUUGGAUACCAAUUCCAUCCGGUACAGGACAAUCAAUUGGAAAUAAACGAAUCGUCCUAUUUGGUGAAGCGGUUUUUGUACAAGGGAUCCGAUUGAAUAUCUAUAAUACAACAGGUGGCCCACAAGUUUUGGCUCAGUUUGAUGCGUACCUCUGCCAAUGA